GCGGUCUUUGGCAACCAGCAGCGUUCCCCGAGGGUGCUUAGCUGAAGACCCUGCAGUAUUGUGAAGGAAAGGGAAGGCUGGAUGUGAACGAGAUUCGUCGGGGAAAGCUAUUGUUUAGUGGUGUCGAGUUUUAUUAGUGUGUAUAUAAUCUGAUUCACCCGGAUAUGCAACUCCAAAUAUUCACCGUGGACGCUUUCAGCGACCGGCCUUUGGAAGGGAACCCAGCUGCAGUUGUCCCCUUAACUCACGACUUGGAUGAUGAAACAAUGCUGAAAAUUGCCAACGAACUGAACUUGUCUGAAACGACUUUCAUCCAUCCACUGGACGAUGGACAUUGGACAGAGUCAUCCAGAUUCUCUCUCAGAUGGUUCACCCCAGCAUGUGAGGUUCCUCUCUGUGGUCAUGCUACACUAGCUACUGCCCAUGCCAUCUUUGAUCGACUGGGUGAGAAACACCAGGAAGAAAUUGAAUUCGAGACACUGGGAGGAAUCCUGAAAGUCAAGAGGGAUGGGAAAAUGCUCGUCAUGGAUUUUCCCUCCAACCCGCCCAAGGUCGUGGACUCUGAACCAGACAUUUUCAGGAAGAUAGUCGACGCUUGUACGGCCGAUCUCAAGACCAGAGUGAAGGAGAUCUGUUAUACUCCCAAAGCGAAGUACAUCUUGGUGAGGCUGGACGAUUCUGUGACCGUAGAUGAACUCAAGAGGAUGACCCCUAAUUUCUCAGAGAUGGCCCGCCUCCACGACGGCUCUCUGGUGAUCGCCAUGGGCGUGACCCUGUCCGGGGACGCCCAGAGGGGCGUGCCCUUCAGGUACCACGCGUAUUCACGCUUCUUCGCCACCUGGCUGGGCGUUAAUGAGGAUCCUGUCUGUGGAUCGUGGCAUUCUGUCAUGGGGCCAUACUGGGCUUCACAGCUAGGCUCCAAGGAGUUUUUAUUUCGCCAGUGCUCAGCCAGAGGAGGAGAUGUGAGGGUGUCCGUGCUGGAUAAGGAGAGAGUGGCCAUCGCAGGACCAGCUGCAACUGUCAUGACAGGAUAUAUAAACAUCUAAGGAGACGAAAUGAACCCAGAAUGAAAUAAAAGUGAGUGUUGGAAGACCACUGAUGCCUUUUGGAACUGUGUUAGGAUUCCUGUUUAGACGAAGGCAAAUCAGAUACUUGUGUCAGAGGUUACUGAACACCUAUAGAAAUCCUGAGUAUCAGAGGUUACUAAACGCAUGUAAAGUUACGGAGCAUCAGAGGUCACUGAACACUUGUAAUGUUACUGAGUAUCAGAAGUUACAGAACACCUGUAACGUUACCUAGUAUCAGAAGUUAGUGAACGCCUGUAAAAUUACUGACUGCUUUCCUCGAUCUUGUCAACCAAAAUGGCAAAAGAGAAGGAAGACCUAACUGUCAACUUAGGCAUAAGUAGAGAAAUGAGUAUAAACAAGGCGUGAUCCGACCUCCAGCUUACUCAGGACGCGUUCGAGAUUUUCACGUCACAUAUAAAUUUUAAACAUAAUUUUCCUAACUUUUAACUUAAACGUGCUAAAACCUACGGUCAAAUAGUGCCCUGUUUCACAAACGAAUAUUAAAAUAGAUACGUUAUAUUUUAUUAUAAAUAAAUUUUCUGUACUGUUUAACAUGCACAUUAUGUAUUUUUUACAUUUUCAUUCUAAUAGAUAAAUCAUAAAUAUCCUAUCCUCAAAUUCCUGUAUCUUUAACUCA